GAGAAAGUAUGCAAUGUUCAUAUAUGCUGCAGCUCCAACCCCCAUCAAACUUCAACUGGGGUAUUCGUGACCAAACGGGGAUACGGCAGACAAACGUAAGGGAUCACACACAAACAGAGUGAGAUAGAGGAAAGGAGGGAGGGGAAGAGGGAGAGAAAGAAAGAGGGAAGAAAGUAAGGAGGCAGUGUCAGUUUAUUCCAAGGUAAACUUUAUUAAAGGCGACUGUCUGUAAUAGAAGGACAUUUUAAGAAUAAUAUACACACUGAAUAGUAGGCUAAACUGUCCUGCAAUUCCAUUGCGGUUUUUAUUAAGUAGGCUGACAGGAAAACCAACUGGUGGGAGCAAGGUACCAAUCACGGCUAAGUCUGCCCCUCCCUAACCCUCUCCCCUGAGGCCUGAGCUCUGGGCAUCCAAGCCCACACCCCCAUUUCACUUCGCUGGUGGACAGACACAGGGAUGAGCAACAGUGGGACCAAGGAGCCGUCACCACAGCCAGGAGUGGCCCAAUCACCUGCCUCCACACCUCCACGCAGGGGCCGGGGACGCCCACGGAAACAACAGCAGGAGCCCACUGGCCCCCCAACCCCAAAGAGACCCAGAGGACGACCCAGAGGAAGCAAGAACAAGGGGCCUCGUGCCACCCCCAAGGAAGUAGAGCCAGUCGGGGAGAGAAGACCUCGGGGCCGGCCAAGGAAAUGGCCCCAGAAAGUAGUUCAAGAGGUGAUCCAGGAACAGCAGAGUCCUUCAGAAGAAACUGAGGGCCCCUCACAGUCUCUGUCCGCUGAGGCUUCGCCAUCUCAGGCUCCAGCCCAGGAAGUGGCAGAGGGGGAGUAGACAAUGUGCCACAAAACUACCUCAAGGUUUGGGCAGAGACAAAGAGGUGUACAAUCUAACCUCCAUUGUCAUGAGGAUUCCAAAAACAACAGAUAAUAGCCCUGCUUUGUAGAACAGUAGGCCUGAUGGUGGUAUUGUGACUGGAGUCUGUCCAGCACUGAGGCUGGGUCAAUGAUGGACAUAGCUUUGGUCAGUUGAUUGAUUACUUAGGAUUCGGUCAGUGGGUGGGGCUGUUCACUGAUUGGUUGACGUGUGCGUGUGCAUGCGUGCGUGUGUGUAUGCGUUUGUGGUGUUAAUGGUGGGGAGGGUUUAAAAAUACAAAUAAAAGAUGCAGUUGCUGUCAUCAAAUGUGACUGACAUUUCAAAACACAUUACCUGGACAAAAUUCAUGACCCAUUUGACCCUAUUGUCACACAGGAGCUCGGCUCAAACGUAAUUGUCUGUCCUGAUUGUGAAGAAACACAGGGAUAUUUUGUUAGAUAUACGUUGGAAUGGGAAUACAUGAUCGUGAACAGAAUUCAGAAGUCUGAACUCAACAGUGACAUGACUUCACAUCACACAUCAGGUUUUGUUUUUACUACAUUGCUCUAACCACACUCAAUAAAACCUUAGGGGGCCAUACUUGCGAACGUUAGAACAAGUUUUUGUUCAAGCUUAAGCAUCUGCCAAUUUAAAUUGUUGACAUAGUUGGAUAUGAUCAAAUGCUACACGUUGGCUGUUCCCAUUAAAUAACCUGGCACAUUUAGCCCUAUGCUAACCUCACCAGGUGGCAGUGAUUAUUUCCUGUAACAAAUCCUGCAUCUGCCUAUCAAAGAUCUUAAACUUUUUCUACACAAACCAAUGGCAUUUCUUAAAAUAUAUGCCCAGAGGGAUAUAUUUAAACCUCCUGGUGGAGCGCUGUUCUGGCACUGGCAGCACUACACCCCAUGAGUAGCAGUAGCCUACGUGUCGGUCUGCAAGAGGGACACCAAAAAGUUCCUCAUUAAAGAUAUUUGUAAAUCUUAAUUUACAAGGUUCUGGCUGCACUACACACUAUCACAAUAAAUGUCAUUCUUUCAUUUCAAAGGAAAAAACAUUAUCUCCCCUGGGAUUCAAGCUUGCCGCAAACGGCAAAUGGUACCAGGAACCAGGCUGGCGACACUGUGAGCUAAUUGUCCACUUGAGGUUGCUUGUGUUGAUCCAGCAACUUUGAAUAGCAGAUCCUGCCAUUUGACUUCUGUUAAGGGCGCUUCCAUGGACAAGUGUUGGAUAAUGUCCAAAUACGUAUUUUGAUUAGCUGAUACAGAAUUUCAACCAGAUAUAAAUACACAUAUAUACAGCCACCUGGUGAGCUUAGCAUGUGUCAGGUUAUGUAAUGGGAACAGCUAACAUGUAGCCUUUGAUCACGUACAACUACAUCAACGAUUUUAAUUGGCUGAUGCUUAAACUAAAACUUCAACCUGUUCUAUUGUUCACAAGUAUGGCCCCCGGGUAUUGUUUGACUUAAUAUGGCUAUGUGCAUAGCUAUUCAGGUGUGAUUCAUGUGUUAUUCUACUCAGUUAUGAUAUUAUUCCAUUUUUAUUGUGUAUUUCUGAUCUGUUUUUGACAUUCACAAUAUUACUUGACACACAUAAACCUCAUUAAGACCAUAACUCACCUCAGUUCCUUUGCCUUUCAGUCUACCUCAGUCACAGAAAAGCAGAGAACUCUUUAUAGCCUCUCCCCAUACCAAAAAAAACAAACAAAGACACACACACACACACACACACACACACACACACACACACACACACACCUACUCAGGACAAUCCCAUACACACUGUACCCACUAGCCUCACACUCUCACUUCCACUUCCAUGCUGACUGACUCUUUAAGCGGGUCCCAGCAGCAGCCUUUAGUGGUAAUGCUCUGAUGAAAUAUCUGAGAUAAGACUUGGGUCUAGAUUCUAUCAGAUCCGUGCUAGAUUCACAUUGCGGUUGUUUUUGGAGGUGGAACUGCGUUGGAGCUGUCAAAUCCACAAGCGGCUCCCUGAGUUACCUUAUCGCGGACACUGCCAUUAGAUGGAACGAAACCACACCCGACAUUAUAUCCAACAGAUCUAUCAUGGAUCAUUUCUAUCAUGGAUAGAGCCUACACUUUCUAUCGCCUUUUUGGGCUAACGCAGGGAUAGGGAUAAUAAGGAAGGGAAGGGUUGGUGACACACAUGAUUAGUUAGCUCCUACCGUAGUAAUACUGGACCUCUAACACUGCCAAAACAUCCCCUAUGCGGAUGUCGGCUAACGUGGGGUAACACUCGAUCUGAUUGAAUCGAGGCCUUGGUCUAUCUACCUGGGUUCAAAAUGACCCAAUAUUUUACUGUUUACUGUAGUUGGUUACUUACUCAUGACUUUCUUUUUUAUUGUUUUAUCACGACCUCUGUGAGCCCUUACAUUUUUCCCUCUCUUCACUUUUUACGUAAGAUACCAUGCGAUCAUUACUUCAUUUCAAGCUUUCACUUUCACACUACAGAUGUGUUGCAUUAACAAUCCUAACAUUAGUUGAACUGAUGUCAGUGAAGUGACGUGAAAUAGUGAGUUAACACUUUGUUUUGGAUCUUACUGUAAUGUAUUUCUGGAGUGCGUGGACUUAUCCACGUGCAAUCUUUUUCUAGGGAAGGUUCAAGCGUUUAGUUUUCUGUCAGUUGCAAGUUAGUAUGUCUGUGAGUCUUUUCCAACCUAUACUUUUUCUCUUGUUACUUCACCUCUUUGGAUGGCAUCACUGUUUGCGCUGUGGACUACCUCUGAAACUAGUCUGCUUUGGCCCUCAGAGGGGUGACUGGCUGGUUUUAGCUUUGCUUGUCCCCUGCAGUCUUACCAUAGCUAUGGGACAACUAUAUCAGAGGUCCACUCACCUCACUUUGUCCGUAACAGCAUACUGUAUAUAGAUGUAGGAUCUUAAUUUUAUCAUAUUUUUGUUGCUGAGAUUUUUUCCUGCACUGCAAACUUGUAGUAUAUGAGAUUGAAAAAGGCUUCUAAGGUUGUGAAUUCCACUUUGAAAUUUCAGACUUGAUUUGCCCUAAUGAAAAAUGUAUCAAACCUUACAAAAAUGUAAUCCACAUAAUAAUUCACAUUUCUUGUUGCUGCAGGAUUAUGUUUCUGCUGUAGCAAACUGGAUCAAAUUAAGAUCCUACAUCUGUAGGUAAAUAAACCCAAAGUACUGUACUAUGAUGUCAGUAAGAGUGCCUCCUAACCUAACCACAGUCAUACCUCAGCAAUGUCAGGAUAGCCACUAUCUAUAUUUUAAUCACAGUGUUGCUCUAAAUGAGCUGACUGAUAUUGAUAUAUUCAGUAUAAAUAUUUUAGGAGUUUAUUUCAUGUACUUGUUGUUAUGCUUUAUGUAUGAGUUUAAAAAAAAUAUUGAAUAGAGUAGUUAGGUUUUCUUAUCUUGUAACAUCUCCAGUUGUAAUCUUUUUUUGUGUUUGCGAUCGAUGAAAAGGUCUCCCUUUUUUAUUUUAGUCUUUCAUAUAUUGUUUGAUUUAUUUUAGAUUUCAAUCCAUUUGAACUUGAAUACACAACUCAAAUGGCUGUUUUCUAAUUUGACUCUGAUCUGUCUCGCUUCAUUGUGUGUUUGCAUGAGUUUAGAGGUGCUACUUGGUCUUUCUGUUACCAAUAAAAAGGUUCACAUAU